AUGAAAUACGGUUGGCUCAACAACAUCAAGAACUCCAUCCACUACAGCAAGGACAACAACACGAACUACAACAGGCCCUACCACAAGAAGUUCAACACGUUCCUCAGUGUCCACAACAACAACCAAAACUACAACAGUUGGCUCAACAACAUCAAGAACUCCAUCCACUACAGCAAGGACAACAACACGAACUACAACAGGCCCUACCACAAGAAGUUCAACACGUUCCUCAGUGUCCACAACAACAACCAAAACUACAACAGUUGGCUCAACAACAUCAAGAACUCCAUCAACCACAGCAAGAACAACAACACGAACUACAACGGGCUCUACCACAAAAAGUUCAACAACACGUGUCUCGGUGUCCACAACAACAACCAAAACUACAACAGACAACAACACGAACUACAACGGGCCCUACCACAAGAAGUUCAACAACAACAACAAUUACAACUCCAACAACACCUGCUUCAAGGACAACAACACGAACUACAACAGGCCCUACCACAAGAAGUUCAACACGUUCCUCAGUGUCCACAACAACAACCAAAACUACAACAGUUGGCUCAACAACAUCAAGAACUCCAUCAACCACAGCAAGAACAACAACACGAACUACAACGGGCUCUACCACAAAAAGUUCAACAACACGUGUCUCGGUGUCCACAACAACAACCAAAACUACAACAGUUAGCUCAACAACAUCAAGAACUCCAUCAACCACUCCAUCAACCACAUCAAGGACAACAACACGAACUACAACGGGCCCUACCACAAGAAGUUCAACACCUUUUUCAGUGUCCACAAGAACAACCAAAACUACAACAGUUGGCUCAACAACAUCAAGAACUCCAUUCACUACAGCAAGGACAACAACACGAACUACAACAAGCCCUACCACAAGAAGUUCAACAACACGUGUCUCAGGGUCCACAACAACCAAAACUACAAUAGUUAGCUCAACAUCAAGACCUCCAUCAACCACAGCAAAGACAACAACACGAACUACAACGGGCCCUACCACAAGAAGUUCAACACCUUUUUCAGUG